AUGUACUCUCGUCCUGGAGCCUCCAUGCUCUCCCCCUCGAGCGCGACAGUUCGCCCCGGGUACAACCCCCGCCCGCGAGGGCAGUCUAACGCCGCCCCUAGUGGAAGCGGGAUGCCCCCCGACCUAGAGCUAUUCCACAACUUCGUCCGUUGGCACGCGCCGGACGAGCUCCUCCAACCUUGGGGCGCGCGAUACCGCCCCCCACAGCUGAACUAUGCCGGCCAGCCUAUCCCGCAUGACAGGUUCAGCGCGUCACUCGUCAUCGUCGAACCGUACGGGAAGAACGCGGUCGACGUGGUGUUUGUGCUGAACCGCCGACCGCCGCAGAAGCGGUAUUGUGUACGUGCGAGGGUGUACCUCCAGCAGUGGGCAAAGGACGAGAGGAACGCCCAGCUUACGACCGACGACGUGCGCGCCGCUGCGUUCAGGGGGGUGCAGACACUCUUGAACUCGCCGCACCUUGAGCCUGUGGAAUGGGUCACCUCGCUGGCUGGGCCGACAGAGGUGGAAGAACCUGCCACGCCCGAGAUGCGUGCCGAGAAUGCGCCUUCCUUACAGUGGUCCAUGUCCAUGUGA